AAGAUCAACCCCAUUUAAAAGUCUUGAGCGAUAGACCUUAUGCAUCAUAUGAUCCAAUACAGUCUGGUUCAUCCAGAAUUGGUCCGAAUACUGUCACCAUAGCCAAUAUACAAAGAUUCUUUUCAUCUUUCGCAUUGCAAUUG